AUGGGCGUUGGUGGAGGCGUGGCAGUCGCUAGCGUUAGGACAGUCAAGAUCCCGAUCGCCUGCGAGGUCAACAGCAAGGUCUACAACAAGACCUUUACUAUCCAGAACGUCUCGUAUGCGCCAGGUCUCCCUUUUAACAUCAUCUCUUGUCGAGCGUUGACGUUAACGAAUGACGGAGAGAAGGCAGGCAUACGCUUCGUGAUGGAUGGCCAUGAUCUUGAGAUUGUACGGACAGAGACUGGCCAAGUGAUAGCCACGGCUGACUGCCGCACCACCGACCUGUACGUACUGUCACGACCGAAAGCAGAAGUCACCCGAAAGCGACGACCGCAGCCAUAUGCCUUCACAGCAAUACCCUUAGACGUGUCCAUCAACACUUACCAUCGUCGACUAGGGCAUCUUGGAGAAGGGAGGUUGAGAAGGCUGCUGCGGCGUCUCAAUGCAUCAAGUGCAGAGGACCCACUACUACCAUGCGAAUCCUGCAAUCGAACAGGUCUAAAGAGGAGAAACUUCAAGGACUCCGGGACAAGGAGCAAGAAGCCUUUACAGAGGGUCUUUGUUGACCUAGCAGGGCCAGUUAACGCGUACGAUGGCAAGAAGAAAGUUAAUGAUCGCUUUGCUCUUACCAUUACAGACAACUAUACAAGAUACAGAUGGGUGAGAGUGUUGCGACACAAGAACGAUGCAGCAAGAGAACUGCAGAUCUAG